AUGGAUCACCAGCAGCUCUACUGGCCCCAUCCUCACCAAUUCGGCCAGGAGUCUCAUUACUGCCAAGUAUGUUCUAACUGGCAUGGCCUGAUUCGCAAGUACAGUUUGAAUGUAUGCCACCCUUGCUUCUGACAAUAUGUGAAAGACAUCGGCUUCAUCAAUUUGGACUAA